CGCUCGUCCUCGCCAGGACAGACUCCGAACUUUUAGGAUACCAAAUCUUAACUCCAAAAUCAUAUUACGUAUAGCCUACUGUUUCCCAACUAUGUUUUGCUUUUCAGUCGGGCUGCAUUUUUGAUCACUUUCUUGUUUGUUGCGGCCAGAUCCGUGGAUGAAAACAGGGGCGUGACGUGACUGGUGUCAUCAGGAACACUGCAAACCCGCGGCUAAACACUCAGGGAAGUUUUGCAGCCGAAACAUUCGCCCGGUAGACUAUUGAUUAAGUAGCUUGACCUCUCGCUGAAACGGUGUCCGCGCUACGGUGCCAUCUCGUCUGAAACGUAUACUGUGAGACCAUUUGAAAUCGUAAGUUAAACAAACAACUGUGACCCAAAGAAGACGCUGCAUUGCUUUCGUGAUUCAUAACAGAGGGUCUUCCUCUGAGUUGCCAUGGUGACCUCACCUAGAAGCAGCCAAGCCUCACUGGAUUUGGACGGGUCAUAGAUAAAACAGGCAGGAUGAAGACGAGGCUGCUGGGGGCGGGCCUGCUGCUCACCUGUUCUCUGGUCCUCUUCGCUACGCCAGUGUCCACCGGCAACCGCAGUGCCGUGGGAGCAUCAGGUCUGUCCAAGGUGAAACCCGGGACCUGUGAGGUGGUGGCCGCCCACCGCUGCUGCAACAGGAACAAGAUCGAGGAACGCUCGCAGACCGUCAAGUGCUCCUGCCUACCUGGCCAAGUGGCAGGGACCACACUCGCCCAGCCCUCCUGCGUGGAAGCCUCCAUCGUGCGUCAGAAGUGGUGGUGCAAGAUGAGACCCUGUCUGGAUGGCGAGGAGUGUCGCGUGCUGCCCGAUCUCACCGGCUGGUCCUGCAUCUUUGGGAACAAGGUCAAAACCACCAAGGUGAGACACCCUCCCCUCCUGCCCUAA